UUUCUCACAUGGUUAUUGAGGAAGUAAACUGUAUUCAGAACCAUCUUGAAAUUGAGAAGACGUGCCGUGAAAGUGCUGAGGCUUUGGCUUCUAAGCUGAACAAAGAAAAUAAGACCUUGAAAAGAAUUAGUAUGCUUUAUAUGGCAAAACUGGGCCCAGAAAUUAUCACUGAAGAGAUUAACAUUGACGAAGAUGAUUCAUCCACAGAUACAGAAGCUAACUCUGGAUCAUGCAAUUCUGUGCAUUGUCAGCAGCAAAUAAAAGAGCUGCGAGAUCAAAUCAUAUCUGUUCAUGAGGAAAAGAAGACCUUAACCAUUGAACUGGAAAACCUGAGGUGCAAACUUGUAGAAGUAAUUGAAGAAGUGAAUAAAGUGAAAGAAGAAAAGGCUGUUUUGACAACAGAAGUUAAUAGACAGCAAAAACUGUUGGAGAAAUGUAACAGAGUGUCUGUGCUGGCAGUAGAGGAAUAUGAAGAGCUUCAUGUAAACUUUGAACUGGAAAAGAACCUGCGGAAGAAAGCAGAGUCGUUUGCACAAGAGAUGUUUAUUGAACAAAACAAGAUGAAAAGGCAAAGUCAGUUGCUUCUGCAAAAUUCUGCUCCUGAUCAGCAGCUUUUGAAGGCUUUGGAUGACAAUGCUAAGCUAACCCACACAUUAGAAGAAGAGAGACUUCAACACCAACAAAAGAUCAAAGAAUUGGAAGAGCAGCUAGAGAAUCAAGCACUGCAUAAGGAGAUUAGUCGUCUUAAACAGCAACUAGAACUUUUGGAAGAAGAUAAAAAGGAACUAGAGCUUAAGUGUCAGAACUCAGAAGAAAAAGCUAGAGAUCUAAAGCAUUCAGUUGAUGAACUUCAAAAACGAAUACAGCAGUCUGAAAAUCCUGCACCACCUCCUCCGCCGCCACCCCCUCCUCCUCUUCCUCCUCCCCCUCCUCCUAACCCUAUACGGUCUCUCAUGUCAAUGAUUCGCAAGAGAUCUCACUCCAACACCAAUGUGAGCAAGAAGGAGAAACCUCCUCAGCAGGAGUCAGGUGAAGAAGUUACGGAUCUGAAGAGACAAGCUGUUGAAGAAAUGAUGGACAGAAUUAAAAAGGGAGUUCAUCUGAGACCAGUCAACCAGUCAAGCAGGCCUAAAACAAAGCCAGAAACACCAAAGCCCUCUGAAAGUGCAAUGAAAGAAUUAAAAGGGAUUCUGGAAACAUUGAACAAAUCCACUAGUUCUCGAAGCUUGAAGUCCCUUGAAACAGACAGCAGUGAAACAGAGCUGGAACGAGUUCUGCGACGCCGGAAAGUGACCACUGACCAGGACAGUGGCAGUCCCACUGGAAUCUUGGCCACAUCAGAAUCAAAAUCUUUGCCUGUGCUAGGUUCGGGAGCCAGUGCCGCACAAACAGUGUUGAACAAGGAAGACCUGGAGACAGAAUUCAGUUCCAAAGUACCCGACUCAGGUCCUGUUUCUAACCAGCUUCAGGGUGUCACGGGCUCCAAGACUACAUUACAAUCAACUAGUCAUACGGAAUUUACAAGAAAAGCUUCUAGCAGUGAAAGAGAGACAGAAUCCGUUGUAGUUUUAGAUCCUGUUUCCACCAGUGGGGAUGAAACGUCUGAAAACACGCUGAAUCAGAACAAAAUGAAAGAAGAAAAAAGCAAGUCACUGCAUAAAGAAACUAAUGCUGAGAAAAUAAAAGAAACAGACAGUUCUAACUGUUAG